ACACGUAAACCCUCUGAAAAUCUGAAGCAUACUCCCGUCUCCGGAGGGUAACCACUGUGCUAUGGACACCAUUCACCGAUUCUCCUUUCGUCUCUUCCCAAUCUCUCUCGCCCAUUGCUGUCUCAACCCUUCUUCAGCCACACCCAAAUUCCCAAAACUUUUUCACAGACCCACUUCUUCCUUCGAUUUCGACUGCAUUCCUAAAUUUGUUCCGCCCCGCCAAACCUACAGCUCCUCUUCCACUUCGAUUGCCAAAGCCGGUUGGUUUCUCGGCCUCGGAGAGCAAAAGAAAAUGAGCCUACCGACGAUUGUGAAGGCCGGAGACCCAGUUCUGCACGAACCUGCCCGGGAAGUUGAUCCUAAGGAAAUAGGGUCCGAGAAGAUCCAGAAGAUUAUCGACGAUAUGGUUUUGGCCAUGAGGAAGGCUCCUGGAGUGGGUCUUGCAGCUCCCCAGAUUGGAAUUCCGUUAAGGAUAAUUGUUUUGGAAGACACUCAGGAAUAUAUAAGUUAUGCUCCUAAGGAGGAGAUCAAAGCACAAGAUAGGCGCCCUUUUGAUCUUCUGGUGAUCGUUAAUCCAAAGCUAAAAUGUAAAAGCAACAAAACUGCUCUGUUUUUUGAAGGGUGCCUAAGUGUUGAUGGAUUUAGAGCGGUGGUUGAGCGCCACCUUGAUGUUGAGGUAGUCGGUCUCGAUCGAGAUGGGAAUCCUAUCAAGGUGGAUGCAUCAGGUUGGCAGGCUCGAAUUUUACAGCAUGAAUGUGAUCAUUUGGAUGGAACUCUUUAUGUCGAUAAGAUGCUACCUCGAACAUUCAGAAUGGCUGAAAAUUUGACCUUGCCUCUUGCUGAGGGUUGCCCCAAGCUCGGAGCUCGCUAACUCCAGCCUGCACGGACGUUGGCCCCCGAGUUCGUAAACGUUUGAUGCUGCAGAUUGUCAGAAUCCAAACGAUAAAUUAUAAAACGGCAAGAGUGCCUGCGCGUUGGAGUUCAUCUGGAUUUUUUCAUUUCAUUGCUCUUACUCUGCAUCCAAGUAAGUGUUUGUUUUGUUCAAUUGAAUUGUACUCUCUGAUUGAUCUCUGUCUCUGAAUUUUGUUGGAAAAUGGAAACAAAAGCAAGAGUUUUUUAAUA